GUCUGACGUAACGAGGUAAGGCUAAGUGGGCGUGGUUUCAGGGGGUGACCGGUUUGUGGCGGUUGGAUCGAAGAGGCGCGCACAUGGAUGGUGGCGCAGCGGCCUUAGUGGGUGACGAGGAGGAGGAGGAGGAGGAGGAGGAGGAGGAGGAGGCGGAGGCGGAGGCGGAUAGCCUGGAUGAGGGAGAAGAGGAGGGCGGCCUGGCUGAGGAUGAUGCUGAUGCUAGCCUGGAUGAGGAAGAGGAGGCUGCUGCCGAUGCCGGAGUGACAGAGACAGAGCCGACUGUGGCUGUUGCUGUCGGAGGGGCGAAGUUAACAGUAGGACCUGGGUCGACUCGGCGCAGAUUCUCGGGGAGUCUCUUCAUCUGCUCCUUCGGCUGUGGAGCCACGUUUUCCAAGAACUGGAGGCUACAAGCUCAUCUGUGUAGGCACACGGGGGAGAAACCGUUUUCUUGUGAAUAUGAAGGUUGUAAUAAAAGCUAUUCUAGAAAAGGUCACCUUACAAGGCACAUUCAGAUUCAUAGAGGAGAAAAACCAUUCAGGUGUACAGAUGAAAGAUGUAAUCAAACAUUUACUACAAAAGAUAACUUAAAGAAGCAUCUCUCAAGAAAGCAUGACAACAUAGAAAAGCUGUAUUUGUGUGACUUUGAAGGAUGUGGUAGAUCAUUCAAGAAACAUCAGCAACUCAAAGUUCAUCAAUAUGAGCACACACGUGUCCCAGCAUUUAAGUGCAAUUAUGAAGGGUGUGACAAACGCUUUUGUCUUCCAAGCAAGUUGAAGCGUCAUGAGAAGAUGCAUGCAGGUUAUGCAUGCAAAGUGGAAUGUUGUUCAUUUAUUGGAAAAACUUGGACAGAGUUACUUAGUCACAAGCAGAAGCAACAUAAAGAAGCCUUUAUUUGUAGUGAGUGCAGUAAGAAAUUUAAACGGAAAGACACUCUUCAAGCACACCUUAAAAUUCAUGGUCAAGAGAGGGAAGUCUUUCGAUGUCCCAGAAAGGGUUGUGAGAGAACUUAUACCACAUCAUUCAACCUGCAAAGCCAUAUUCUCUCAUUUCAUGAGCAACAGCGAAAUUUUGUUUGUGACCAUUCUGACUGUAGGAAAGCUUUCUCCAUGAAACAAAGUUUGGACCGCCAUUCUAUUGUUCAUGAUCCUAAAAAACAGAAAUUAAAGGGAAAACAGCCACGUCCUAAGCGUUGUCUUGCCUCUCGCCUUGCUGGAUACAUUCCUCCCAGGAAACAGCCUGCUGCGGCUGUGACUACUUUAUCUGAAAUGCUUGAACAGGCCAAGAUGUCAGGAGUAAAGAACAAAACUGAGCUGAUGGAGCCUGUGGUAGCUAAUUAAUUGUUCAUAGUAUUACUAUGAAAGAAACCUUGGACUUUAAAUGUUUGUCACAUUGAUGUGUAUAGUAUUUGUAAGUGGUUUAACUUCUCCAAAAAGGUGCUGAGAUUGUGAAGACUAAUAACAGGUUUCAGAACACUCCAUGGAUACCUUGCAGAGCUUUUCAAUGCGGUACAGGUGAUAUUUGGAGAUUUGAAUCUACCUUAAAAUACUUUGCUACUAAUUGCUAUUAGGAAGUAUUUUUCUCUUUCCCAUGCACCUAAUUCCUAAUAUCGUCUAUUUCCAAUUAGUUUGUCAUAGCAAAAAUAAAGUUUUACAAAAUAGCUAUAAUUUGGCUAUUAUGCUAAAUAGCUCCUCUUUCUGUUCCAAAUUUAGCAGCUUUUCCUCUUCAAUUUUGACUGCUGUCUUUCAGUUGUUGCAUUGCUGCUACUGAACUGUAACACAUGACCCAAGUGGCCUAAUUCAUGUAUUAGGUAGUCUGAUCCAUUUUCUGUCAACAUGUACAUAUCUAAGAAGGAAUGUGUUGUUGAUUUGGUAUUUUUAUUAAUGAUCUGUAAUGUGAAGGAUUUGGAAUAGCUUUGAACAAAAUUAUAAUAAAUAGUGAAACUAUU